AUUCUUUAGAGAAGUAACUCUAAUUUUAGAUUUUUUGUGAUAGUUCGCUUGCAACGCAUUUUAUUGAUUUCUGAAUUUUGGUGCGGUACUGCGUUGCGCUCAGCAGUUGUAGCAGACGCGCGUUUGACACACGGAUUUCGGUCUGAAAAUAUUUUAAAAAAGCGCUACUACAAGUGUAUCUUCCAAUGUGAGGACCCUGUCUCCCGUCGAGUUCCAAGCCAACCUAGGCAACAGCGCCCUAUUCUUCAGUCCCGAUCAGAUCGGCCACACGAUGCAAGACGACCUACUGCUCGAGAAGAGCGCCGGCAAACAAGCGCAAUCGCAGCUGUCGAGCGUGGAGACCACAUCGAACGGUGAGCAAGCGCUCGAAGAGUACCCGGCGCGCAAGGGAGACGACUCCGUGGUGAAUUCCUGUCCGGAGAAGAGCGAGACCCCGGACGUAGUGACAUCGCCAUUGCAGCUGGGCUUCUCGACAGAGCCCUCGGUGAUGACGACUUCUGGACCCAGUUUCUGGUCGACGGUGGCCACCGACGACGCUUUUAUUCAGGGCAUCCCGACGGUGAACGGCACCCUGGCGUUCCCCAGCUUUCCAGCGAGCCCCAUUUUCGGGGCCAGCGUGGGCCACCCGCAGCGCCGGGCCAUCACCGGGGCGCACAACUUCGCGCCCCAGACGAGGGGCCCGCAGGGAGCCCCCCUGUUCAAGGCCUACUCCAGCUGGAGCAGUGCCCAGCAGCCGAGCUGGUCCAGCCCGCCGUGGAGCGUGCCGCAGAAGCGCCCGGGCCCCGGCCCCGUCUCGCCGGGCAAAGAGAGCCCCAAGUUCCGCCGGAGCACCUCGCUGCCCGUCGCCAAGCCGGACGACGACGGGUUUCAGGUGGCGCCGGGGCCUCUGGACACGCUGCGGUUCCCGCUCGAGCAGCAGCUGCUCGACAUGGUGCGCCAUGGAGAACAGGACUACUGCAAGGGGAGGCCCGAGCAGGCUGCCCGGGCCCCGUCCUGCUACGCGGAAUACAGGGGUCCCGCGGGCGCCCUCGAGGACGCACUCGCCAGGCAGGCCAGAGCCCGGGGCUUCUCGCGGAGGAAAGGUAGGCCGUGGGCGGCGUCCGGGUGUCGGGAGCGCAGCGGGCUCUGCUUGGGCGCAGGCAAGUCGCCCUUCUUCCUCGACGGGGCCGAGCUGGUGCUGGAGGAGCAGCGGUGCUCGCCCAAGGGAGGCGACGUGGCGGCCGGGGCCGAGCGCUACUCGCGCAAGGUCUUCGUGGGCGGCCUGCCGCCGGACAUCGACGAGGAGGAGAUCACGGCGUCCUUUCGCCGCUUCGGCCCGCUCGUGGUCGACUGGCCGCACAAGGCCGAGAGCAAGUCGUACUUCCCGCCCAAGGGCUACGCCUUCCUGCUCUUCCAAGACGAGUGCUCGGUCCAGGCGCUCAUGGACGCCUGCAUUCAGGAGGAGGACAAGCUGUACCUGUGCGUGAGCAGCCCCACCAUCAAGGACAAGCCCGUGCAGAUCCGGCCCUGGCGGCUGGGCGACGCGGACUUCGUGCUGGACGCGUCGCUGCCGCUCGACCCGCGCAAGACGGUCUUCGUGGGCGGCGUGCCCAGGCCGCUCAAGGCCGUCGAGCUGGCCAUGAUCAUGGACCGGCUGUACGGCGGCGUCUGCUACGCAGGCAUCGACACGGACCCGGAGCUCAAGUACCCCAAGGGCGCCGGCCGCGUGGCCUUCUCGAACCAGCAGAGCUACAUCGCCGCCAUCAGCGCCCGCUUCGUGCAGCUGCAGCACGGCGACAUCGAGAAGCGGGUGGAGGUGAAGCCGUACGUGCUCGACGACCAGAUGUGCGACGAGUGCCAGGGGGCCCGGUGCGGCGGCAAGUUUGCGCCCUUCUUCUGCGCCAAUGUGACCUGCCUGCAGUACUACUGCGAGCACUGCUGGGCCACCAUCCACUCCCGGCCCGGCCGCGAGUUUCACAAGCCCCUGGUCAAGGAAGGCGCCGACCGGCCCCGGGCCGUACCCUUCCGCUGGUGCUAGGCGGCGGUUGUGAUAGUUCCCCUAGGGACAAUCAGAGGCUCGUAGGCCCCCCUGCCGGUCACGGAUAGAUGGACCCUUCUAGUCAGGCCACACGCUCACACACAGGGUUGUUGUGCCAAACUUGGUUUGCUUGGGCCCCCUCCCCCUGCCUAGCUAGCCGUGGCCGUGCAGGCCUCGUGGCGCCUCUCACGUGGGCGCCACAGGCUCGGGUGUUACUGUUAGGCGACCCGUUGAUUGUUGCCCUCGGUAGGAGGUCCACCCCGGCCGGCCAAGUGGGGCAACCCCCGCGCCACCGGCGGUUUUCUCUUCCGCAUUGACGUGUCUUUUGAUAUACUACUCCAUGUGAUCAAAAUUUUAGACUCUUUCACUUUGAACGUUUUCUGUUACCCUUUUUUGGAUGCAAAACAAGUUGACGGUCCUCGUGCAAGUGGUGCACUUGUUUUAGAAGUGCGCGAAAAGUGGAGCGCCAGGUCAAGCGUGUGGUACUUUUUGCCGUCCGCUUCUACACUUUGCGACACUUGCGCAGCUUGAGUGCAGGCAGUUUUUCAAGUUGCACUUUUUUUAUGGUCAAAGAGUCUCCAAGCCAUUGUUUGUGAGGUACUAGUCAGUCAGCGCCCGCAGACUCGGCGCACUUUUGCUGUGUUUUUGUACACUGUCGUUUUACACGCUCCUGUCCCGCCUGCGGGCUCUGUCCGAGGGGCCAUUUGGGUUCUCUGCUCCCGGCACCAGUCAUGCUUUUACAGUAGCCGCUUGUGUUGACCAGUUCAAGUACUGCUGUUUUAUAUACUGGCUCAGGGUUACGUGCAAAUAAUGCAGAAUGUUGUAAUACGUUAGUAAACUUGCAAUCACUUUGCAUUAAAGUUUUUUAGAACCCCGACUGUGCCCUCCAGGCCGCCCCGUGAGGGUCGGGAGGAGGUCUCCGCGUCUCGGGGUCCCCACCCUCUGUGCCCGGUUCACGGCAUCCACUCAAUCCUGCAGACGGUGUCAAGUGCCGGAUGAAACGCUGGCUUCUGUCCGUCGGAACUGUGACCAUGGGUGUGGCGGCAGCCAGCACAAAGGGCCCCGUGGGAGCACCUCCGACUGGGCCUUUCGUGCGAAACUGCACCUCCCUCUCCACAAGUGCUGGGAGCAAACUACGCUUUGUUUUCAUGGGAAUUCCACUGGGUGGGCAGUCAACUGUGCGACGUGGGACACCAUUAGGCCAUGGCUGUGUCUUGGCCAAAGCACGAAUGAUGGGAAAUUUGGGGAGUCUUUUUGCCUACCGAGGAGCUUUUAGUUUGGCCUAUUUGGCUUUCGGGCAAAGACAGAGAGGCUGUUUGUUUCUGCAAAAACAUAGGAGCAGAAGACCUAGUUGGUGUGCCUCUCCUUCCGUGUUUUUACCAAAAUGAAAGUGAGAGCUUGGCAUAGCAGCCUUUCCUAACACAGAUGCAUUCUUUGUAUCCAUUGGCAGCUAAGCAAAGGUGCAUUGCAUUUGUAACUUGAUUAUUCAGAGUGUGCAAUUUUUCACAAGUUCCCAACCUAAUGACAUUUCUGUAUGAAAAUACACAAACCACUAGUAGAAAUGCCAGUUUAUGCUGCGCAUUUAAUCAAUGCACCAACCAGUCGGAUGCCGGAUUGGUUUCUAAGUGCAAACUUUUUUAUUGUUCUGGGUAGCUUCUGGACUUGUAUAUGGAUGUAUCGUACCGGUGCAGUGCGGUUCGUGGUACAGGGAAGGCUAGAGGGGAGCUUCCUUCUCUCCCUGCCAGCCUUCGGUGCACUAAAGUGGAAAGACUGCACUGCACAGGUGCGGUGUGCCCCAGACGAAUAGGCCAUUAGUGAUGACUUUAAACCUGAGAUUGAAGUUCUAAUAGCAACUAAAGUCGGUGACGGGUUAAGAGUUCAGUGGAAGCUCCUCCCACCUUUUUCCCCUUUGGCAGAGUGAAUGCUGGAAAGGAGGUGGCCUCCUCUCCGACAUUCAAUCUGCUAAAGAGGUGGGAGGAGCUUCCACUGAACUCUCAACCUGUCACCGACUAAAGGUUGUUUUCAAACAAAAUGAAGCAAUAUUUUUAGGUUUGCCAUACCUAAACGUAGUGUAUUUUUGUUUAUAAAUCUAUAUCACUUAUGAGCAAUUUGACCUAAGCAAAUUUGAAUGAAUUUAAAGAUAACUUUGAUUUACCAAAUUUAACAAACCUACAAAAUAUUUUAAAUCGAGUGGAGUAACUGCUGUAAAACAAAUUCAGUCAAGUUUGUGAAAAUUUAUUUGUAACAAUUCACAUUGUCGGGGUAUUUUCAAGUCCAUGGCACUCCAACAGAGGGGAAAAAAAAAACUUGAGAAAGCAAAACAGUCUAGCGAUGUAUAGUGUCGGUUUUGUCUGCCCCUUGCAUUCUAGAUAUAUAAUUUGUUACACAAUAAUACAAACAUCGGAUGUUAUUUUUAAAAAAAAUAAAUGUUUGUGCCGCUUA